AUGUCACAAGUCUUAAACAGACAACGCUACGCUUACCACAAUACUUAUCAUCAACUGCGGCUGUUUAUGAUAACAGAAUCGGUAUACACCCAUAGGUCUCAUGGAAUGCUACCAAACCACACAAGAGAGGAAAAACUUCGCUUUUGGGAGUAUUUAGAGUCACUUUUGGAACUGAGUGACUACUCCAAUGAAUCUUCGGUCAAUUCUUCACUAGUAUCGUAUAUUCAAAAGGCUUCACAAAGUUAUAAUGACUACAUCACUCAUGACCAAGAUUUAUAUCGCACUGCAUUGAUUAUACUAAAUUCCAAAUUGUUUGAGAAUGAUAAAGAAUUCUGCAUUUCUAAGAUCUUGUCACUUUUAAGCAUUGAUAAUCUUGAGAUGAGUAUGAAGUUCAUUCUUAGCUACAUCAUUUUGUGUGAGUGCAAAAUCGAUUCCAACUCUUUAGAUUUUGUUCUGGAUUAUCAAGGAUUUACAGUUAUCUAUAAUAAUCUUUAUAGUCAGUUUGCUUACUUGAGUCGAUAUGGUGAUGAGAGAGUGGAAUCCUGCAGAACCGAUCAAGAAGGCAAUCUAUCCGAAUUGGACUUAGAGAUCAUUCAAGAGUUCAAGAGGAUUUCGACUGUACUUCUAGAUUUAUUGUUUCAAAUUUUCAAAUAUUCCAAAUGUGAAAUAACGAAUUUACAGAAGAUCGAUGACUUCUUUGUGUAUUACUUGAUGAGCACAAUUAGAUCUGAUACUUUUGAAGAUUUGUUUAACAAUGCCAAAUUCCGGUUAUUAUUGGCCUUGAAUGAGCAAUAUGUUAUUGCGUUACAACAAUUUGAGUUAGAGAACAAGGUUUUUGAAUAUUUGUUGGAUAACCAAGUUUCUAAGAACUUUGUAGAGUUCUUAAUGUUGCAAUUCAACAGGGAGACGGAUAAAUCAUUGCAAAUCAUGAUGUCUAAGAUUUUUUAUUUGGUUUUAUCUGCUGGUCAGCGUAUUUCAAUGAACUUUUUUUACUUAAACGAUUUAAACGUUGUUGUAGAUGUUUUGAUCAGGAAUUUAACGAAUCUAUCAGAAGAAGAGGAAUUGUUGAGGAACACAUUUUUACGAGUUCUACAUCCAUUAUUGAAAAAUACAGAAUGGACUAAAACCCGUUAUCGAUAUACGGAUCUAUCAAAGCUUUUAGAAUAUCUUUCAUGUUUGGAUAAUAUCUGUUCUACAAAAGAUGUAAAUUUUGAACAAAUUUCAACAACAAAAUUAGCAUUUAAAUGCCUCGAAGAGAUGAGGUUAGAGGAAUCAGAAAAGCACACUACUUCAACUUUUACUAAAGGAAGCAUGAAGUCUGAAGACGCCUUAAACAGUACUUUGGCUUCAUGUGCUGUCAAAAAUGGCCGGCAUUUUGGUAAGUUUCUUGAGCCAGUGCGUACCAUGAAAUCGGUAGUCAGGAGUCCAUUCUCAUCUCCCCCACCACCGCCGCCUUCUAGAAAGGCAUAA